AACCUGCCAUUGUCGCUCUCUGCUCAUUCACGCUCUUCUUCUAUAUAUCACAGCUCGCAGCUCAAGUCCCUCUCUCGCCCUUUCGCCCUUUCUCGCACUACUUCAAUAUAUAUAGAUGUAUACAAUGUGUGUGCUAUUAUUGUGUUGACUUGCCUCCGAUGACGAUCGAGAACGCCACCGGAAUGUGAGGGCGGCGCCAGCAGGUCGAUCGAGGGACAGGGAGAGGGUGAGAGGCGAGGCCAGGUAGGGUGUCGACGGUCGGACAUGGCUUCUUCUGCCGCUUCCUGCCUGAGCGGCGGCGAGAGGAGACAGUACUGGUGGCUCACCAACCGGAAGGUCGUGGAUAAGUACAUCAGAGACUCGCGGAACCUCAUCGCGACUCGAGAGCAGAGCGAGAUCACCUCGGCGCUGAGUCUCCUCGAUGCUGCGCUCGAGCUAUCGCCUCGGCUCGAGCAAGCUCUCGAGCUGAAGGCGAGAUCCCUGCUCCACCUCAGGCGGUUCAGAGACAUUGCCGAUAUGCUCCAGGAUUACAUCCCGAGCCUCAAAAUGGGGAGUGACGAUUCCUCCUCCUCAUCGUCCGAUGGCUCCUCUCAGCAGCAGUCCAGAGAGCAGGCCACCCUCUUGCCGGGUCGUGACUCGCCGGGGAGCAGGGAGCCGAGUUUGAGGUGCUUCUCUAUUUCGGACCUGAAGAAGAAAGUCAUGGCGGGCUUGACCAGGAGCUGCGACAAGGAAGGGCAAUGGAGGUACUUGGUUCUAGGUCAAGCAUGCUGCCACUUAGGCCUGAUGGAGGAUGCCGUUGCCCUCCUUCAGACAUGGAAACGACUCAACAGCGCCGCUUUUCGCCGUGAAAGCAUCCACUUGUCGGAGGACAGCUUCUCACUAUCCAAUGCCCAAUUCUCGACCGACGUAACCGCAUCUUUGGUUCCUAGCUCCCCACCCAAAGGCCCAUCUGAGUGCGAGUCCAUAAAUCAUCUCCUUGGCCACAUAAAGUUCCUUCUUCGUCGCCAAGCAGCUGCGCUUGCAGCCCUUGAUGCUGGCCUAUAUUCUGAGUCCAUUCGCCACUUUAGCAAAAUCAUAGAUGGACGCUAUGGUGCCCCACAAUGGUUCCUCGCUCAAUGCUACAUGCUACGAGCCACGGCCUUCAAAUCAGCUGGACGGGUUGUAGAGUCUAUUGCUGAUUGCAAUAGAACGCUUGCCCUGAACCCGACCAGCAUUCAAGCCCUAGAAACACGAGCUGUCCUCCUGGAAUCCAUUCGGUGCUUGCCUGAUUGCUUGCACGAUCUCGAGCACCUCAGACUCCUCUACAACACGAUCUUGCGAGACCGGAAACUCCCGGUUCCCGCUUGGAAACAGCAGAACGUGCAUUACAAGGAAAUUCCCAGGAAAUUGGGCGCUCUCACCUCAAAAGUUCAAGAACUGAAGCAAAGGAUGGCAACUGGCGAUACUGGACACAUCGAUUACUAUGCUUUGAUCGGGUUGAGAAGGGGUUGCUCACGUUCAGAGCUGGAGAGGGCUUAUCGGUUGCUUUCUCUUAAGCACAAGCCGAACAGGGCUUUGGAUUUUCUAGAUAAGUGUGAGUUCGAACAGGGUUAUGACUUUGAUUCGAUAAAGGACAGAGCGAAGAUGUCGGGUUUGUUACUCUAUAGGCUGCUCCAGAAGGCAUAUGCCAGUAUCGCGUCUAUUAUAAUGGAUGAGGAAGAGGUCGACAAGCAGAGAAAGAAGGCUGCAGCUGCUUUACAAGCGGAACAAGCAGCAGUUCAAGUGCCAAAAACCCAUGAGCCGAAACCUAAAGCAGAAUCUUCCCUACCAAUCGCCCCAAAAAGAUCAGAAAGUUCUGCUCCUAAACAGAUCAGUUUGACCAGCAACGCGAAGAAAGUAUGUCCUGAUCCUUCGGUUCAUCGGGGAGUCUUCUGCAGGGACAUGGCUGCAGUAGGAAGUUUGUUAGCUCAGGUGGGAUAUAAUCGUCCACUCCCUGUGAAAUAUGCGGCAUUGAGUUGCUAAUCAAAGAGUUCCUGAUGGAGCACAUUCAUGUUCGGUUCGUCAGCUGUGUGCUCGUCAGAAGGCAAAUCUCUAGGGGCUGCCAGAAAAAUUUUGUGAAGCAACUAUCAUGUACAGAGUAAGUUCGGUAUGGGAUAUAAUCUUCAGUAUUGACCCCCCUUAGUUAAUAUAGUCAUAUAAUAUAUAUGAUCAGAGGCUGUACGUUUUCUGGUUGAUUUGUUCCAGAUUUGGAUAAAUUUUGUUGCUAUUUUGCCAUUGGAUAGUCUGGUAAUAGUUCUCACUACAAUCACGUAUACAGUAAACGAUCCAGUAUAUAGAAGCUUAUCGUGCUGGUGUUGUUACAUUUAUA